UCGUAGGUCGCACUUGUGUCUAAACGAAAACUUGAGAUAGAGUUCAAGCCUGGUGACACGGAAGGCUGUGCCGUACGUCGUGUCUCGUGUGGUUUCGUUUCUUCCAGUAUUUUCUCUACUCUCGAUAAAACGUGAUAAAAAAAUGGACACCCUUCGUGAGCAGGUGAUGAUCAAUCAGUUCGUGCUGGCUGCAGGUUGUGCGAGGGAGCAAGCGAAACAAUUGCUGCAGGCGGCACAUUGGCAAUUCGAGACUGCUCUUAGUAUUUUCUUCCAAGAAGCUGCCAUACCUCCGUGCGCGCAAGGACCCGGUACACACUUUGGCCAAAUUACGCCGUGUAAUACGCCUGCCACGCCGCCAAAUUUUCCUGACGCACUUCUAGCGUUUUCCAAAAUGUCCGCGGGUGACAAAACUCCCUCGGGAAUGUCGCCGAACCAAAACGGAUUACAUCAGAACUCGAUGCAGAUGGGAACAACAGCGGCGCAACAUCACGGGGGACGGUGUAGCGUGAACGGGAACGCGCAACAGCAGACUCAAAGUCAACAAUUGGGCCUAGGCGAGCCGCAGAGAUAAAAGAAACUGGCGAUUCGGCGGCCCGUGCGCAAGAUCCCGAGGUCGCACGAUGUGCACGAUGUAAACGAUGUUUAGAAACAGGAGGCAUGGUUUAGAAAAUGAUUGACUGGCUCUCAAGGAUUAUACGCGUUGUGUGUGACAACGAGAGUGAUUAUUAGCUGAGAUUCACGCACUCGUAUCUCCUCAUCCCUAGAAGAAGGACGCAUGAUUUCCUGAAUAUGUGUGUGCGCAUGUCGAGAAAAAUCCAAAUAACUAUUUAAGCGCGCACAUC